AUGAACACCCACGGCGAUGUUGUGAGACCGAUUGCAUGGUUUUCAGACACAUUUCUCGAUUUGCUCUCGGUAAAAUGUGCGAUUAUUUUGCCUCACGACUCUGAAGUAAUUCAGCAGUCGCAAAGGUAA